UAUAUAUAUAUAAAUAGUUAAGCCGUCAACCAAAUCAACCUAACUAUGACAAGUUUAAUAUUCACAUUUGUUUUAACUUUUUGGUAAACAAGCUCAAUAUUCCUCGUAUACACAUAUAUACCAUAGCACACGGAGCCAUGUAUUUAAUAAAUAACACUUGACAUUUAUUUUCUCAACAAACCGACUUGUCUCUUCUCUCCGGCCAAAAAUAACCGGCGUUUAAACAAUGCCACGGCUAAGCAACGCCGCCGUGAUAACAACGAACGCAAUCCUCGCAUUGAUCGGCCUCGCCACCUUAUGUUUCUCUGUCUAUCUCUUCAUUGAAGGCCCAUCACAAUGUCAACGCUUCAUUCAAAACCCUCUCAUCGUAACAGCGACUCUUCUCUUCUUCAUAUCUUCCUUAGGCCUCAUUGCGGCUCUCUACGACAACUACAUCAUCAUUACUCUCUACCUGUUCUUCCUCUUCCUCUCCAUUCUUCUCACCCUAAUCUUCUCCAUCUUCAUCUUCCUUGUAACUAAUUCUUCCGCCGGCAAAGCGUUUUCAGACAAAGGAAUAGGGAAUGUGAAGACCGGUGAUCUUCAAAACUGGAUAGGAGACCAUUUCCUUCAAGGUAAGAACUGGGAAGGGAUUAAACGAUGCAUGGCUGAUUCUUCCAUUUGUAGGUUUCGUCCACGUGACGUUGACUUUGACGCCAAACAUCUCUCACACGUAAAGUUCGGAUGUUGUCGACCUCCAGUAGAAUGUGGCUUCGAGGCAAAGAAUGCUACAUGGUGGACAGUUCCAGCAACGUCGACGGCAGAGAUCAAAGGGGACUGCAAAACAUGGAGUAACACGCAGAGCGAGUUGUGUUAUGCAUGCGAGUCCUGCAAGGUUGGAGUUUACAGAGGGAUAAGAAAAAGAUGGAGGAUUCUUCUCGUCUUCAAUAUCCUUAUUAUACUUCUCGUCGUUCUGCUUUACUCAUGUGGCUGCUGUGUGAGGAAAAACAAUCGUGUUCCAUGGAAGCGCCGGUUCCUCUAAAUACUCGUCCUUCAUUUUGUUUCUUUUUACUUCUCAAAAUUAAUUAAUUUAUCGUUCCUAUUUUUUUUCUUGAAAUUCUUACUUGAUGUGUUGAUACUUCUUGAACAUGAAUACUGGUUUGGAUAUACUAAUGUGUGAAUGCAUUGAUGGAAACAACUAUGAGAACAUCUUAUUUCACACAAAAAAAAAAUUAAUAUUUCAAAAUAAUUUUGUUAAAUAUUAAAAUUUAUUUCUUAAAAAAUAUAAACCACUGACAGAAAACAAG